UGCUCUCCUAGUUCCUGUCUCCCUCCCAGCGCCGCCCGGGAUGGCCUCCCAGAACCGCGACCCAGCUGCCGCCAGCGUCGCCGCCGCCCGCAAAGGAGCCGAGCCCAGCGGGGGCGCCGCCCGGGGCCCCGUGGGCAAGAGGCUACAGCAGGAGCUGAUGACCCUCAUGACGUCUGGUGACAAAGGCAUCUCUGCCUUCCCUGAAUCCGACAACCUUUUCAAAUGGGUGGGGACCAUCCAUGGGGCAGCAGGCACAGUGUAUGAAGACCUGAGGUAUAAGCUCUCCCUGGAGUUCCCCAGUGGCUACCCUUACAACGCGCCCACGGUGAAGUUCCUCACACCCUGCUACCACCCCAACGUGGACACCCAGGGGAACAUCUGCCUGGACAUCCUGAAGGACAAGUGGUCUGCCCUGUAUGAUGUCAGGACCAUCCUGCUGUCCAUCCAGAGCCUGCUAGGAGAACCAAACAUUGAUAGUCCUUUGAACACGCAUGCUGCUGAGCUCUGGAAAAACCCCACAGCCUUUAAGAAGUAUCUGCAAGAAACCUACUCAAAGCAGGUCUCCAGCCAAGAUCCCUGACCAUCCAGCCUCUCUCUUUGUGUUGUCUUUUUAUUUUCUCCUUAGAUAGUCUUUCUUUUCAUUUCUGUCCAGGACUCUGUAUCUUAAGCUGUGGUGUCAUUUUUGUUUUGUUUCUGUUUUUUAAAUUAAGUCUCCGGUUGAGCCCUUGUGAUGAAUAUAUUAA